CACUCCUACUGAUUCCCUCGCAAUCCUCCAUUCAGAGCACGCAAAGCACACAACACGAGCAGCUCGGGACAAUCAAUCCAAUCAAUGGCGGUGUCGAAGAGGCUCGCGGCGGCGGCGCUGCUGGUGCUGCUCGCGCUGGCGGCGCCCGCGGCCGCCAAAACGACGCGGGAGGCCGCCGAGGCGGCGUCCGCGGCGAAGACGACGCCGGGCGGCGCGGAGGUGGCGCCGGGCAAGGAGGAAGAGUCGUGGACGGGGUGGGCCAAGGACAAGAUCUCCGAGGGCCUCGGCCUGGACAAGAUCUCCGAGGGGCUGGGGCUCAAGCACCACGCCGACGAGGAGGAGGCCGCCCGCAAGGCCGGGCACACCGUCAAGUCCGCCCGCGAGACCGUCCAGCACACCGCCUCCGAGACGGGGAGGCAGGCGAGCGGCAAGGCUUCGGACGCCAAGGAGGCGGCGGAGCAGGCGGCGACCGGGGCGGCCAACAAGGCGGGGCAGGCCAAGGACAAGGCGGCGGAGACGGUGAAGGGCACGGCCGGCGAGGCGUCUAAGAAGGCGGAGCAGGCCAAGCACAAGACCAAGGAGACCGCGGAGGCGGCCGCCAAGACUGGCGCCGAGACGCACGAGCGGUCGAAGCAGGGCAAGGCCAAGGUUGAGGAGACGGCCAAGGAGAAGGCCGGACAGGGGUACGAGACUCUGAAGCAAACCAAGGACGCGGCCGCCGAGAAGGCCGGCACCGCCAAGGACACGGCUGCGGAAAAGGCUGGCCAGGGGUACGAGACGCUGAAGCAGUCCAAGGACGCCGCCGCGGAGAAAUCCGGCGGCGCCACGCAGACGGCCGCGGAGAAGGCAGCGGCAGCCAAGGACGCCGCCGCGGAGAAAGCCGGUGGCGCCACGCAGACGGCCGCUGAGAAGGCAGCGGCUGCGAAGGACGCAGCCGCGGAGAAGGCCGGCGCCGCCAAGCAGACGGCAGCAGAGAAGGCAGCGGCAGCGAAGGAUGCCGCCGCUGAGAAGGCCCGCGCCGCGAAGGACGCGGCGUGGGAGACGACGGAGUCCGCCAAGGACGCCACAUGGCAGGCGCAGGAGAAGCUGAAGCAAUACAACGACGUCGCGUCGGAGAAGGCCGCGAACGUGAAGGACGCCGCUGCGGAGAAAGCCGGCGCGGCCAAGCAGACGGCCGCGGAGAAGGCAGCGGCAGCGAAGGAUACCGCCGCGGAGAAGGCCGCGGCCGCCAAGGAUGCCGCGUGGAAGAACGCCGAGGCGGCCAAGGGCACUGUCGGGGAGAAGGCAGGGGCGGCCAAGGACGCCACGUUGGAGAAGACGGCGUCGGCUAAGGACGCCGCGUGGGAGACGGCGGAGGCGGCCAAGGACACGGCCUGGGAGACGGCGGAGGCGGCCAAGGGGAAGGCCAACCAGGGGUACGAGAAGGUGAAGGAGAAGGUCGGGGAGGUGAAGGACAAGGUCACCGGCGCGGCAGCCGACGGCAAGGGCAAGAAGCACCGCAAGGACGACGAGCUGUGAAUGAGCACCACCCCUCUGCAUUUCUUGCCACAGUUCUUCUUCCAUGAAUGUUUUCAGUGUUCGAGCUAGUCUUUUUUUCCUUGUGCUGUUCCUCUUGUACAAUAAUGUGACCAUCUGUAGAGAACCCUCCACGAUCAAACAAGUUCCUUUUGAAAAA